AGGAUCAGCUUGUUGAACAUAAUAUGAAUUGUGCUAAUUGUAUUCUAUAGUUCUACCGGUUCUACACAAUACAGGAUAAGAAACGUGUGGUGUAAGCGCCUGGAAGUUAAUAUUCUAAUAUGCCGAAGAAAGUAAUUAAUAAACGUAUUACCUGGAACGAAAAUCAUGUAUUGGAAAUCCUACAAUACGUUCGGCAAAUCUACACUCCCGAAAAAGAACCUUAUGUAAUAGUUUAUGAACUACUAGAAUUAUUGCGAGACAAUCCAAGGCUUGCCGUGUACAGUAAAAACCAAUUAAAGAUGAAAUUGCAUCAAAUUAAACAGGCAAUUGAUAAUUAUGUAUCCGGUUCUGCGGCUGCAGGAUUUAUUAAACGACGUGUGUACUUUGAUUUGGCUAUGAAGAUAUAUGGCAAAGCGCACACAAAAUCUACUUCUUGUACUGAAAAACAAAAGGAAUCACAACCAAUAAACGUUUAUCAGUUCGAACAAACUAAAAGGUUCAGAACUAUAGUAGAUAAUAAUUUUCAUUUUCCGAAAGAAGGAUACUGCCGAUUGUGUCAAUCUACGUGUUCGACUGGUGGUGUUGAUCUUUUUCAUGAUACCUAUGAAAAUCAGAACUACAAACAAUUGCUCCAAAAUACGUUGUUUAUUACGAUUGCUGAAAACUCCGAUGCAAGUAGAAAAAUAUGUGCGAGGUGCGCAAAGUUUUUGGAGAAUAUACUUGCUUUUGUUCAACAAUGUCAUAACUCAAAUGGAAUAUUGAGCAUUAGUAGUGAAUCGACGGUUUUACCCGAAUUUUCUGUUGACAACCUUGAGUUAACUGGAGAAAGCGAUAUCCAAUUAACAAAAAUUGAACACCACAACACUGAUGACUCAGAUUCUGAUGGUGAUUCAUAUGGAAGUGAAUCUAUGCAACUGGCUAUGGAUUGUGAAGAAGAAGGAAAAUGGGCAAAAAGAUAGUUAACGCUGUUAAAAAACCGAAAAUUUGCGCAGGACUCCAUGAAAAACGUCUCACAAAGAUUCUUGAGAAUAGUUAAACACUAUCACUAUAGAAUACAAAAAUGUAUUCUAGAAUUAGCACCA